AGAACACAAAUAAUUUUUCUCGCGGAGCUGUUCAAUCUCCAAGCCCAAUCUCACUUCAACUCUCAUUUAUUUAUGUCUGACUCGCUUCGUCAAAGGCUCACCUUGAUCGUUGUUUUGUCCCGUCUCGUUCGGUAUAUAAUUGUACCCAUCCGAGCUCUGUUCCUUUUUCUGCAAGAACCUCGUGUACCUCCAACUCCUCAGAUUUUCCCUUUCGGUUUUGACGUUUAUGUUUACUUACAGUUGAGUGAGAGCGCCACAUAUUCAAAGGACCCUUUGUUAAUUUUCACUGUUCAUCUUCUUUUCUUGCUGGGAAUGCUUCCAUGUUUAGCGAUUAAUUAGAAUCGGUUGGCGAAUUGCAUUUGGGCGAGUGGUGGGGGAAGGUUUACUAGGGGAUUUUGAGAAUUCAAAUAAUAUAGUGUAUAUUUUGAAUCUGUGAUUUGAUCAGGGGUGAUGAUGGAUGGAUCAAAUGGUGGUUCUAACUCGCCUGCCCCUUUCCUGCUGAAGACCUAUGAGAUGGUGGAUGAUCCUUUCAACAAUUCCAUCGUUUCCUGGAGCGACAACGGGCUCAGUUUUGUUGUUUGGAAUCCACCUGAAUUUGCCAGAGACUUGUUGCCCAAGUACUUCAAGCACAACAACUUUUCCAGCUUCAUCCGCCAGCUUAAUACAUAUGGUUUUAGAAAGAUCGAUCCCGAGCAAUGGGAGUUUGCUAAUGAGGAGUUCAUUCGAGGACAGACGCAUCUUCUAAAGAACAUACACAGACGGAAGCCGGUGCACAGCCAUUCAGGUAAAGGAAAUGCUGCUCCAUUGACAGACUUAGAACGGGAGGAGUUGGAGAAGAAGGUGGAGAAGCUGAAGCAGGAGAAGAUUUUGCUUCAAGAAGAAGUAGAGAGACGUGAGAAGGAGAGUAAAGGGUACGAGUAUCAGCUCCGAUCAAUGGGGCAGAAGUUUCAGAACAUCAGUCACCGGCAGCAGCAAUUGAUUCUCGCCUUAUCUCAAAUGUUGCAGAAACCUUCGUCCACCCCACGAAGAAGGGAUCCAUCAAAAUCUCCUACAAGAAAGAGAAGAUUGUCGGCCUUGGAUUUCCUGCAAGAUCAAAGCAAUCUCAAGCAGAGCUCAAGCACUUCAUCUCUACCAUCACUGAACGCCGAGCAUGUUAAGAAUUUGGAUUCGUCCCUAACUAUUUGGGAGAAGUUCGUACAAGAGGUUUCCCCUCUACCCCUACCUUCAACAGCCAUUACAGAAAUGGCAGCAUCCUCAGGGGACUAUGAUUUGAGCAUACCCCAUUGCUCGCCUGAGUGCCGGAUCUCCACAUCCUCUUUAAAAGACUGUCAUUCCUCUCCGGAUCUUGCUACUUCUUCAAAUUACGCUGAAAGUCCAGCAAUAUCAUCACUUUGCAUUGACCUAGCUUCUUCCAGGCAGAAAUCACCAGGCAUUGAUGUGAACAGGAGUCCUGAAAAAAUUCGAGAUGUGGACAUGCUGGAUGAUCAAGAACACAAUGCUACCGAUUCUCCAGGGCUGGAUGGAGCUAACGAUGUCUUUUGGCAGCAGUUUCUUACAGAGGCUCCCAUUUCGACUGUAAUACAAGUAGUACCACAUUAGAAUUAGAGACUUAACACAAUUGGAAGGAUGUUAAUGGAGUAUACAUGAUGAUGAUCGUGAAAUCUCAAGCUCAUAGGGUAACUAAUGUAAUUACUAAUUGCUCAUCCUUGUUACACUACACUGUUGGAUGCAUUUUUGUUGGUUGAUUAGAGCUACACUUUUGUAUAAUAGUUCUUUCGACACGUUGUAAUGAAGUGUUGUUGAUGUAGA